AUGUCUGACCCGAUACGUAUCCCCCGGUCGAAGUCCGUGUCAAGCAAUCUGGACGAGGCGGCGGCGGCGGAUAUGCCUGGCAGUCUACAAGAGACCGACUACCUCACGCCAGGGUACCAAUCGUCGACUCCUGGAAGCCCGUACCUUCUGUCACGAAAUUCCUCAUAUACAGCAAGCCAGUCAAUGCUAGAAGACUGGGAAACCCCGUUAGACAAACUCACCUUCUUCGACAUCUUCGACAACCUCUCCCUCCCGACGAAACUCGAGAAAUGGCAGGCAUCGCUCACUGCACAGAAGGAGAAGCUGGCAAAACAGCAAGAGAGGAUACGGACGUCAGGCAACAUUGCCAAAGACCGCGCAGUGGCCGAAUGGCGCAAACGAGUCCCCACCGCCGACGAGCAGCUUGCCAAAUAUCGGUCGCGGAUGAAGAAAUCUGUGGACGAUCUGAGCAAGAGAUGGAACGAUAUCGUCGCUAUAUCGAUGAGAGAGAAGGUGUCCUUCAUUUCCGCCGUACUCAAUGUGUUCCUCACGGGUUAUCUGAUAGGAGCGGCACCUCAGCAUUUCUAUUACUGGUUCACCGCGCAAUUCGCGUACUUCAUGCCCAUCAGAUUCAUCACUUACCGGCGGAAGGGAUACCACUACUUCCUUGCGGACCUGUGCUAUUUCGUCAACUUCCUCACUCUAUUGUCCAUCUGGGUGUUUCCUCGAUCGAAGCGCCUCUUCAUCAGCACAUACUGUCUGGCCUACGGCAACAAUGCAGUGGCCAUUGCCAUGUGGCGGAACUCGCUGGUCUUCCACUCUCUGGACAAAGUGACCAGUCUCUUCAUCCACGUGAUGCCGCCUGCCGUGUUACACUGUAUCGUCCACUUGACGCCCGAGGAGUUUCUGCGCGACCGCUUCCGUGCCGUCUACGACAUCAAACAUAGUCCUCCAGGCUCACCGGAACACUACAGUCUGUCUGCCAUGCUGGUGUGGGCGACGAUCCCCUAUGCCGUAUGGCAGCUUUUCUAUCAUUUCUUCAUCACGGUGCGAAGACGGGAGCAAAUUGCCGCGGGACGGCCUACCUCGUUUACCUGGCUACGGAAAUCGUAUUCGAAGACGUGGCUGGGCAGAUGCGUGUUGUCCCUUCCCCAGAACCUACAAGAGCCGGCGUUCAUGCUCAUACAGUACAGCUACGCCCUGUUGACGAUCAUUCCGUGCCCUAUCUGGUUCUGGUACCGUUGGGCCAGUGCCACGUUUCUCAUGUCUGUCUUCACGUGGAGCGUGUGGAAUGGGGCCGUAUUUUACAUGGACAUCUUCGGCAAGCGAUUCGAGAAAGAGCUGGAGCAGAUGAGGCGCGAAGUGGCCAAAUGGCAGAACAGCCCUGGUGGGGUGACGAUGAGUCCGCCAUCCGGACCUGUGGACGGAGAAGGACAUGGCACUUCGACUGCCAACGGUGCCGACAGGGAUAAGGACAAAAAUAAGGCCAAGGCCGAUAGCAACAGCACUGGCAACGGCAAGAGAGGAAGUAUCGACCGCAUCCCGCUCCUGGAUGACACCGCGCAGAACGGUCAAGACGAAUCCACCUCCAGCUCCAGAGCGACCGGAGCCGAUAUUCUCAAUGAUGCGAACGGUAGUGUCGCGGAUAGGAGACCUGUCUCCGGCGGGCCGCUUUCGGCUGGUCAAGAAUGA